CUUUGAACGGAAGCCGUGGGUGCGAAAGUUCUUAAUUUCAAAUUUGCGCAACCGUUUAAGCCUCCCCCAAUAUAUAAGAAACAACUUCUCUGGGUCACUCACACGUAAAGAUAUCGUUGCUCUUUAGACGAGCAAGAUAAAGAUGAAGGCAACAGUUGUGUUGGUCUUUGCUGCAGUUUUAGCUCAAUCCGGGAGUCUUGUUGAGAGUGGCUACCUUAUAACAUGCCCAAGACUGUUCCGUGCUGGCAGCACCCAAGAAUUAUCUGUCAGUCUCAUUGAUGUCAAUGAAACAUGGUUCAUCGAUGCUUUACUGACCUACAGGUCAGAACCUGGUGAAGAAAUAGCUAGUGAUGGAGCACAGUUCACUAGUGACUCAGAAGAAACCCUUAAACUCAAUAUACCACGAAAUUUGAGAGCCAACAAGAGGGACAGCAUUCAAGCAAAGCUGAAUGUCUUUGGAGGACCAGUUAAUGGAGAGCCCAUCAUUCAGAACAGUGAAAUCAUAACCAUUAAAAUUCCAAAGAUCUCUGUCUUCAUUCAAACAGACAAGCCAAUCUACAAACCAGGCCAGACAGUGAACAUGCGUAUUGUUGGUGUGGAUGAAAACCUCAAGCCCUUAACAGGACAGGUCAAAAGAGUUUCCAUUACUAGUCCUAGUAAAGUACGUACAAUGCAAUGGGACAAUGUGGAUUUCAUUGGUGGAAUUGUUAGUUUAAAGUUUCCUUUAUCAAGCCAGCCUCUUCUGGGCGACUGGAAGAUUGAAGCAGAAGUUGAGGGUGAAAAAGGAAAACUUGUCUUUUCAGUGGAUAAGUAUGUGCUGCCAAAGUUUGAAGUGACCAUUAAGCCUCCAUCAUUUGUAGCAGUGAAAAGCAAAGAUAUUAAAGCCACGGUUUGUGCUCAAUACACCUAUGGAAAGCCAGUGAAAGGAACUGUUUCAGUGCUCUUUCAAAUGACAUUGCCUGUCUGGUACCGGGGAGGGAAGUCUUUGGAAACACAAAUAACAACAGAAAAAGAGAUUAACGGCUGCACGGAUGUGACUAUCAAGACAGAGGAUGUGUUGAAUAAAUUUAAGCAGUACAACAGUCACUAUUGCUAUCGUUGUGAACAUUCAAAGAUUGCCAUCAAUGCCACUGUAAAGGAAACAGCAACAGGAAUCUCUCAAAAUGCUACGGGAACAGAAAGUCAGAUCGUCAGAGGAACAGCAAAACUGAAGUUUCUUCCAAGUACACCAAAAGAAUUUAAGCCAGGCAUGGCUUAUAGUGGGCAGGUAAAAGCCACCAAGCCUGAUGGAAGUCCAAUGAAAGGGGCACAAAUUAAGAUUGUUAUACGUGGAAGAUGGCGGAGAUUGCUUGAUAAAUAUUUCAUUGUACCAGAAAGUGGACUUGUUGAGUUUUCGAUUAAUGGUUCAACAAUUCCCUCUAAUGCCAAAUCACUUAACCUUCAGGCCAAGCACCAGUGGCAGACAUUAGCAUAUUAUAACGCUAAGCGUUGGUAUUCCCCAAGUAACAGCUACAUAUCAAUGAAAAGAAUUCCAUCUCCACUGAAGGUUGGAUCAACUGCAAAAGUUAAGUUUGACUUCACCACUAUAGCUGAUGCAAAGAACAUUACUUUCUAUUACCAAAUAUUCAGCCGUGGAGUUCUCGUAGCUCAAGGAAGGAAUCUCCAUGAAAUAAAUAAUUCUAAAGGGAAAGGGAUGUUUACCACCAGUGGAUUUGUUCAGUUUGCUGUUACUCAGAGGAUGGUACCGUCAUCCCGUCUGUUAUUGUUCUAUGUGCGCGAUGACUUGGAAACUGUUGCAGAUAAUUUGCAGAUUGAUGUGGAAGACAAAUUGGAAAAUGAGGUAAAGAUUCGUUUUAGUGAUAGCAUCAGAAAACCAGGGGAAGCUACCAGUUUGAUCAUAACAGCUGAGCCGGGAUCUCAAGUAGCUGUGACUGCUGUCGACAAAAGUGUUCAUCUCUUGAAAGGAGGAAAUGAGCUCUCUCAGGAUGAUGCAAUCCAAGUACUCAGUUCUCAGGAUGUUGGGCCCUCUGGAGGUAAUGAUCAUUUUGGUUGCUAUAAUCCAUAUUGGUGGAGAGGCCCAUGGCAGCGACGCAGACGAUCAUUUUUCCCUGGAUACUCAAAAGAUUUGGAUGCUUCAAGUGCUUUUGAGAAUAGUGGAAUCUUAUACUUCUCUGAUCUGACAAUUAAAACUGCCAAAUGCGAGACGCCUUUUCAUCAGUGGCGCCAUCUUCGAAAAAUGGCUCGAAGAAGGGGGCCAUUUGGUCUACGGAUGGACUUUCAUCAGUCAGUCAGGCCGACAACAUACCACAGAAACAAACCAAAGAAACAACCAAAUAUUGAGAAAAAGGAAAGAAAAGAAGAAAGAACAGGAAAGCUUGUUCGUAAGAACUUUCCUGAGACAUGGCUCUGGACGGAGGAAGUAAUCAACCCUGAUACUGGAAAGAAAGUUAUCAUGGCCAAGGUACCUGACACAAUCACUACCUGGGUAGCAAGUGCUUUCGCCAUGUCUGAUUCAGCUGGACUUGGUAUUUCACAGCCCACCUCGCUCAAGGUUUUCCAGCCUUUCUUUGUUUCCAUAACCCUGCCUUACUCUGUUAUCCGUGGCGAGGAAGUGUUCAUUAUAGCAACAGUCUUCAACUAUGAGAGCAAGUGUCUUACGAUUCGCCUGACUCUCGAAGAGUCUCUUUACUACAGGAUAGUGUCCAAUAAGUCUCGCUCUGUCUGUGUAUGCAGCAAUGAAGCCAUCUCUGUUCGCUUCAACAUAGUUCCAAAGAAAUUGGGUGAAAUCCCUCUGACUGUUGUGGCUAAAGAUAUCAAUUCAUCAAUGUGCGAUGAAGGAGUAGAACAGUUUGCUCUUGGUGUCACUGAUGCUGUCACAAGGAAAUUACUUGUUGAGCCUGAAGGAAUCCGACAGGAGUACACGUACAACAGCUUUGUAUGCCUCAAAGUCAAUGAUUCACAGUUUAACGAUUCCAUGGAAAUCUCUCUGCCCAAGAAUUAUGUUCCAGGUUCUGUUUAUGCAGUUGUGUCAACAGUUGGUGAUCUUAUGGGACCAACCUUGAAUGUAGCAGGCCUGUUGAGGCUUCCUUAUGGAUGUGGUGAACAAAACAUGGUUAACUUUGCUCCUAGCAUUUACAUCAUGCAAUACCUGGCAGCUGUCGGGCAGAUGACAACCUCUGUGGAAAACAAAGCCAAGAACAUCAUGACAACAGGUUACCAGAGGGAGUUGACCUAUAAACGAACUGAUGGAUCCUACAGCGCUUUUGGAAACCGAGAUAAUGAAGGCAACAUGUGGUUAACAGCGUUUGUACUGCGCUCCUUUGCCCAGGCGCAAAAGUUUAUCUUUGUCGACUCAGAGGAGCUUAAACAGACCGCGAACUGGAUAACCAGCAAGCAACUUGCAAAUGGAUGCUUUCCCAAGUAUGGGAGACUCUUUAACAAGCGCCUUAAGGGAGGUGUAUCAACAGAAGCUACUCUCACCGCAUUUGUGACAGUUUCUCUCAUGGAAUCUGGGAUAUCACCUCAGGACGUUGUCAUUCAAAAGGCGCUGAAUUGUUUAAGAGGUUUCAUUUCAAACGUGACUGAUUCAUACAGCUUGGCUUUGUUCAGUUACACCUUCAACUUGGCGAAGGAUAAAUAUGGUGCAGAUUUAUUUGGAGCACUGCGAAGCAAAGCCAUCGUAGAAGAUGGAAUGACUCACUGGGAAAAGGAGAAGUUGAAGAAAACCCCUCCUACAGACGAUUUUUGGUGGAGUCCGUAUUACCGUGCUCCUGCUGCGGACAUCGAGAUGACCGCAUAUGCCCUGAUGACUUACAUCCUUCGAGCUGAAGAUGACUUAUCUCUAAUUGGCGACGCCAUGUCGAUUGUUAGAUGGCUCUCUAAACAAAGGAAUGCUCUGGGAGGAUUUUCAUCCACACAGGAUACAUGUGUAGCCCUACAAGCCCUUAGCGAGUAUGCAAGGGAGACGUUUACAAACUCCUCAGACCUUACUGUUCAGUUUGGAGGAGAGAACGAGCAGUUUAGCCACACAUUCCGCAUCACAGACAACAACAGGCUGGUGACACAAAAGGCUGCGGUUCCAUCAAGUAUUCUUCCCCUGAAGAGCAUGCUCGUGAAGGCUGACGGACAGGGCUGUGCUUUAAUGCAGGCGGACGUAUCGUACAACAUCCCAGAUGUGAAGGAGAAACCAGCAUUUGAUCUUAAAGUCACCUUGUUACCAUCGGAUGAUAUAUUCGCUCCACUGUCAACAGAAACCGGUGAUCCUCUGUGUUUGCCUUUGGAUUUUUCGAUCAGUGCCAAGUGGCUGAGAGAAGAUACAUCCAACAUGGCGGUCAUUGAUGUCAAACUAGUAUCCGGUUAUCAGGUUGAUGAAGAAAGCUUAGACAGACUCACGAACCAACCCAAGCUUGGCCUGAAGCGAUACGAGAUGGAAGGUCAACACGUGAUCAUGUACUUUGACGAGAUUGACAAAGUUAAUUUCUCGUUCAAAAUCUUCCAAUCGUCUGUGGUGAAGAAUACCAAACCAGCUUCCGUCACAGUGUAUGACUACUACGAGACCGAUCUUUCCGCUACAGUGAUGUAUAAGAUCACAAAGGGCAUGUGUGGGUUGAAUCCUGUCGAACAACCUUGAACUCAAAUGAUGUGGACUUGAAGUGCUUGUAGACCGGUUGUGGACUUAUUAAGAUUUAUUUGACGAUGAUUUGUACUAGAAGUAUUCUCCUAUUCACGUUAACAAAUUAUUCUUAAAAAAGGUAACCAGAAAUCGGUAUAACUUUAACUAAAUUAUACCGAUUACUUAAAUCAGAAAUUAUAUUUUAUCAUCUACAAUGUUAAAGUUUUCCUUAAAGUAUCACAAGUUUUUUUAAUGAUUUGAUAGAAAAACAUGAGCGUCAGAAAAAGUGUAUUUGGUGAAGCUGAAUAAAAUUUU